AUGAGGCCUCCAGCUCUGCUGGAGGUGUGGGCUGAGGCCUGGUUAGCCGACUCACACACGGCCCGUGUAAAGCAAAGGAACAAGAAUGUGAAAAGAGGUGCCCUCACCUGGGAGGUGAGAGGAUUGUGUUGGGUCCAGGCUGCUCUGGCGCAUGCUGAGCAGCCACUGCAUCCGAAUACCAUGCUGCUAGGAGUUUGGAGGGGCUCAAGUUGUGAGGGAAAGGCUGCUUCUCGUCCAUCGAGCAUUCAGAUAUGGGGCACCGGGGGUCGUCCUGGGCAGGUUGGGCCAUAUUGGCAGCUCCAGCGCAUCCUGAAGGAUGUGAGACGUCUUCCUCCACAAGGUCUGAGGUUGCAUCCACAUCCAGCACGGAUAAACCGCAUCGCUCUAUUGGCAAAGGUGAGUGUGAUUUCCUGUCGAGCACCUGACUGCGGGCAGUACUCAAGAUGGCCCCUCCAUGGCGAGUUGAGGAAGUCUGCUCCUGAGCCAGGGCCCUCGACUGGCGUGCCGCCAGGCCAUCCGAGCCGAAGAGCUUGCGUGGUGCCGACUCCCAAGCAUCAGGAUCGUGGCGCAGAGCGCGGGGCAUGUCGUCGGAGUUGGGCCAGGGUUGGGUGGAGGGUGGUGGCGGUCGCACCUCGGCCAUCUCCCAGUGCGCCCUGCCCUUGA